AUGAUAAGGAAAGAGUCCAAUAUAUACGACAAGCUGGACCUGAUAGUGUGCGAUGUGUUGAGAAACAUAGAUGCAGAGGCUAAAGGGAUAAGUGGAGAGGCACAUGAUAAGGGGAGUCCAAAUUAUGCCGAUGAAAAAAACACAAACGAACGGGUGUAUAAGAAAUUCUUCGAACUUUUUAACAGGGAGAGUUACAUAGAAAAGUUAACACAUGACGAAUUAGUAGCAACAUAUAGAGAAAAAAAUGCACACAAGUACCUUUUUUACAUGUUCGAGUGUUUGCUUAAUAAAAUCACCCAAACGAGGAAUGUAAGACACCUAGAUUUUUUAUUUCUCAUACUGAGAUACAUUACCUAUUUGUGGUUUUUGCUGUCCAAUGAUGAUAAAUUAGUUUUAAUAUUCUACUACUAUUUCAAGUUCGUGGAUUUGUUAUUUAAUUUAAAAUUUGUGCGAUGUUCCUUUUUUAUGAAUAUUUACAAUUUGCUGAUUUAUUAUUAUAUGAAAGAUAAAAGGGGGAAAAAAAAAAUUGUCUUUCCGGUGACAAAAUUAACCGAAAAGGAAGCAGGCUUCCACAUAAAAAAUGUUAUAUCGGAAUUGAACAACAUAAUUGCAAAUGAAAAUGCUCAUUUUAUUGAGACUGUUGGAAAGGAAAACAAUUUUGUAAAUAUCCAAAAUGAUACCGUGUCAUGUGGAAAGACAGAAAGGAAUGAUUUGUCAUCAAAUGCAGAAGAAGAAUCAUGUACUAGCUCGGCUAUGCAAAAUGUGUAUGAUUACCUGUGGGUCGGCUAUCAUCAAGGGGAAAACGAACCUCAGGAAAAGAAGUAUAAAGAUAAAAAUACCGAAAAAAUUAAGUCAGAUGGUACUGAGGAAGAAAAGUCAUUUGUCCUCAUAACAAAAUGUCAAAAUUGGAAUAAUGAGAAUUCUAUUUUUCCAAUAUUUAGUAUUUUCUCAGUUAGUAGCUCAUAUAAUCUCUUUUUAAACUUUACGAAGCAUAUGUUCAAAAUUAGCGUCUAUGAUUUUAGUACAUUUUUCCCCUUCUUAAGUAUGCUAAACGUGGAAUUUCUACUUUCUCAUUUUCACCUUUUUGAAAUAUUACACUAUGUCCAACUGGAGGAGGUGAACUCAAACAUAAGUGACUCCAAAAAGGAAACAAAAUUUGUGUCAAUUGGUUUGAGUCAAUCUACACCUUACAAAUCAAAUGAACAUGUUACCACAGAGGGGAAGAAAACCACCGUAAACAACGAAGGGAUUUUUUCAAAUAAUAAUAAGAAUAACAAAAAAUUUUUGUGGAAUAUCCUUUUUGAAGAGCUCAAAAAGGUAUACAUGGUAGACACGAAAAAUGUAAAUUAUACAUUAAAACUGUUAAAGUACUCAUUUAGCUUUUUCCUGUUUGAAGAAAAAUUUGUACUAAAAAGUAAGGAAUGGGGACCUCGCGUGACAAAUAAAAAGGAACACACCUUCGCGCUUAUUUCGCAAAUAUAUUUAAAAGAGUUACUAAAAUUUAGCCUCUCCUUUGUGAAGAAUUUAAUGAGCUCAAGGAUGCUAAAUGAGGAAGUCGUGUUUAAGGCCAUUUCGUACGUGUUUUAUUUGCUUUCGAAAUUGAUAUGCAAUACAAGUAAUAACUUAAGAAAAUACAUUCUACUCAAUAAUGAUAAUAAUCUUACCCUCGUUGCGUUAAUUACGUAUAUUUAUAAAUACUUCAAAAAAGUUUACCUGGAGAAGAACGCAACGGUUGAUGUGCACAAGGGGAACGGUGGCACGGUUGGAAGUGGUCAAGGAAAAAAUAAAUUGAAAUACACAUUUGUGACACUAGAAAAAGUGUACCAGAAAAUUCAAGAAUGCUUGUACAUCGUCCUAACCGUUGAUGAAUUUGUUGAAGGGAAUGUCAAAAAAAAGUUAGCACAAUGUAGUAAUGGAGCGAUGCCCCAUUUUGACGGCCACCACGGCCCCAGACAGAAUGCUCUAGAUAGCUGCGACCUCUACAGUUGUAUUAUUAUCAAGAUCAACAAAAUGAACAUGUUCUAUUCCAAUUUGGACAUUAUUAAAAUGCUAUCACAGAAUGACAAGAACGUUUUCAGAAAAUAUAUAUACACCAUUAACAAGAACAAUGAAAAUUUUGGCUCUUUUUUUUCGUGUUUACUAAAUAUUGAUUAUAAGGAAAAUCAGCAUGAUUUGGUUUUAAAAAAGUACAUGUCCAAUUUGAAGGAAAAAAAAAAUUAUAAAAAUAAAAAGUUAAUCAAGCUAAUGAAGCCUUAUCAUUCCCCUCUGAAGUACAUCAUUUUGAAAAAUGAAAUUGACCAAGAUGGGGCAAAAAAGGGUGCUGCAAGGAAAAGCACUCUGGCAGUCAAUUUCUCUCACAGAGAAUACGAUAUUGAUACUGUCGAGGGACAUAAGCGGAAGGUUGUUGACUUGCGAGCCAAAAGGAAAAGCAUGUACGAGUUUGGGAGAGGUGAAAAAGGGUGUGACAGUUGUUCCAGUCUUCUCGAACGUGACGACGGUAUGGAUGGCGACUCAGCAGAUGGUGACACAGUUGAUGAUAUAACAACGGAUGAAACCUCAUCCGAUGAUAACCUCACCCAUGAAGACUCAGACAAUGGCGAGGAGACCGAACCCAGUAACAAUUCCGUAAGCGCCAUAACCAGCUGCCGUAAAGACUACUUUUCAGAUGGACUGAAGCGCGCGAAAACUUCCAGCUCCCAGGCAAAGGUGAGAAAAAAGGACAUGCCCGUAUUUGAAAAUUCGAUCCUUCGAAUCAGGAAGAAGCAGCUAGACGGAACCAACAUAGAUUUUAAAAAUGUGUGCCAUAGUAUCACUCUGACCAUUAAAAGGUGCAUACUAAUCUCAGAGAGUAUGAUUACGUACUUCAAAACUCAUCAAGGGUUUGAAGCUAACUUUAACAUUUUCGUGUGCAAAAAUAUAUUUAUUAAUUUUUUAAGAGUUUGCCUCCUAAGCGCCAGUCUCUUUUCGUACCUCUGCGUUAAGCUUAACUAUGACGACAUGCUCAAGCAGAUGUACGACUCGAAUUUGAUCAUAAUGUCUUACAACAUUUUUGACAAAUAUAUCAGUUUUGUGCUGGACCAAGACGUCAAACGGUUGCGCAAGUGUAAAAAUGUGUUGCAGGUGUCUAGCAGGCGUUUGAAUAGAGGUGAAGGAGGAGCUAGACGCUCCGCUGUGGACACCUCUUCGGUGAAUGCGCCAAGCGCGGCGAAGGCAACCUUUUCCACGGUUACAGCCUCUACCAAUGCUUAUCCCUCGGCGUACGCACAGAUGCACCGGCAUGACAUAUACGACGUGCUGGGUGCACCGGGGAACCAAGGCGGGAUCUCCUUCUUCCUGUCGGAUCAACAUGAGUUCAUUGAAACGCUUUACCUCAACACGUUCAUGAUUGUGAUAAAUAUCAUUUCGGUGUGGGAAAUGUACCUAGAAAUUCCUGUACAAGUUCUGAACAAAAUGAAGUACACCUUUUUCGAGCUAUUUUACAACACCACAAUUAAAAUCAUAAAGUUUAUAAAAAAGGAUAAAGGGUUUUUCUUCCUACUGAACAUUUUAAAGUUCAUUUAUCUCAAAUUUGUCAGCCUUCCUUUUAAUCCAAUAAAUAUACACACCACCAUAAAGCUGCACGACUUUUACGAGUUUCUCAUUAAUGAUGGUGACGAAGAUGUUAAGAAUGAGGAGGAGCAAAAUUUUAAUAGUGAAAAUAUGUACCUAAAUUCCAUUAGCCCUCUGAAAUUUUUAAAUAACCCAGAGAAGGACGCACAGAGAAAGAACCUUAGCAGUGCACAAAAAUUAUGCCAAAGCUCUGAUGACCAUAUGCUUCCAAACGAGCAUGAUUACAAUGUGCUUAGUGUAAAUAAAAAGAAGAGGGUAAGCAUGGGCGGAUUAGUUCCCGUGUUUUUAAAUAACAACACAAGCAAGAAGAGAAAGACGAACAUGAACCCGUACACCUCAUAUGACACCUUUGAAAAUAACGAUAACGGUUCCUAUUGCGCGGUGAAGAACAACGCGUCCAAGAGUCACGCACAAAUGGGUGUUAACACAAGUACGAGUGUAAAGUACGAUCUGCGCGAAGGAGAAUACGAAUGUGAAAAUGUUAAUGUGAAUGAGAAUGUCACACCGAAACCUAAUUAUGACUAUGCACAACCAGAGGAACGGACAGAAAGCGACAUUUUUAGAAACACCUACCUGAGCAACUAUUACAUCCCACACAUCGAUCUGCUAUUCAUCAUUGUCGAUUUGGAAGUCUUUUAUUACUUCGAAAAGAAGGAGUAUAAGAAAAUAAUAGUUUGCGUGGAGAACACCUUCAAAAGCAUUAUCAGCAAGUGUGACUAUAACACUAAGGAGUAUUUACGAUCGUCCAUUUCGUACAUUUACAAUUCAUACCAACAAGUGCAUCUCCGUGACAGCAAAAUUAACAUCCAAAGUUGCAUUGUCAUUAGACACAUAUUUAACCUGUACACCAAAUCUAAGGUGUUCUAUUUGAGCAAAAAAAUUAAAAAAAAAUUAUCACACUAUAAGGAUAGCUACACCAAUGAUGGGGUGCUAAAAAUGGGUUAUAACAAAAUUUAUAACAGCCUUUUUAGAAGCGAAAAAUGGAAGAACUUUUUUUACAUGCUCUACGAAAAGGACAAUCUAGGACGAAAUAAAAGAGUGAAAAUUAUUAACAAUCUGCUGAUCGUACAUAUAAACAUUUUGCUUUUCUUGAUAUUUUAUGAAUACCUAUCCAAGUAUGUGACUAAGAAGUUUAUAUUUUUCUUCCAAUUCUUCCUAUUUAUGUUUAACAAAUUGUGUGUUGCCAUUCUAAGUUUGGUGAAUUCAUCAAACCACCUGGAAAUUUUUAACCUUUUCGAUUGGCGAAAUAUUACCCGAGAAAACCACGCACAGGAAGAAAAAAUGGCUAACAAGGUAAGGAAUGCCAUUCGUCUCGUUCAAAACUGCUGCGUAUACCCACAGGAUGAGGAAAUGUCUCCCUACAAAAUUUACAGCAAGGGGGAAAGACACACCAAAAGCAAAAGUAAACCAAUUGUCAUGAUCGACAUUGAUGAAUUGCUAGUCACCUACAUCCAGCUAAAUUUCAUAUUUUGCAGAUCGUGUUGCUUUUUUAUUUUUUUCAAAAAUGUUUGCUCGCAAAAGUAUGAUAUAAUUUUAAGGGAGAACUUUACUAGUAACUAUUUUGAGCGGUUUAAGAAUAAUCGAGAUUUGUUCGACCCUAUUGAUGCUGUAAAGGAGGAGAAGACGGGUCGAAGUGAAGAUGAGUGGGGGGAAAGUCACACCGCAGAAGAAUUAGCCCCCUAUGAGGAACCAACCCUAAGUGACUCCUUUGAUGAAGACUCGGAUGACAACUACAGAAGCGAUUCGAGCAGCUCAAGUCUUUCCCAAUCAAGCUUUACCCUCAUAGAGUACACAGACUAUUCCAAAAAUGUAGAUUAUAUAUUCCUAGAAUUUAUUUUAGAAAAAAUAGAAGAAAUGGACAUCGUUCAUUACUACAGGAAUGUACUUAACAAUUGUUACUACGUGAUCAAAAUAGAAACACUUUAUAAUUAUAUAUACAACAAUGAGCAAAUGUUAAGCAGAUUUGCUUGCCUAAAUAUUGUGUAUUAUCUGUACAAGCUGUACUACCACAUGUUUGUCUGGUCUUGCAAUAAAAGCCAUUCCAUGGGCAAGAGGAACGUCGCUGCUGAGGAAAUCAGUGGAGAUGAUAAUUUAUCGAGCCUGUACAAUGAUAUCUUUUACAUCUUCGAUGUGAAUCGCAUUUUAGGGGAAACCUUCUGCAGCAAGCAUGUACAGCUGGUUGAUCAGAUCGGGGCCCCCGAUUUCACCCCAAGUGGAACACCUGAUAAAAUUGGUAGAAUUCCCCCCUAUGGCUGCGCAAAUGAUUAUUGCCGAACUCACCCGAGAAGCAUCGAAGAAGCGCCCUACUUCGUGUGCGACAUUUACAACUUCAAAGUGAAAUUGUUCCACCCGCUACAUUUUGAAAAAAGAGACUUGACCAAAGGAAAAAAAAAAAAAACAUUUGAUAACUUUCUAAUGUUUAACAAAAAUUAUUUACUGGAUUUAAAGCACAAACAGGCCAAAGUCAACAAGUAUAUAAAUAACUACAUGGUGUAUUUUUACCAUAUAGUUCUUCGCUUUUAUUACAAUGAACAUGACAUAGACAAGGAGAAAUUAUCCUUUCACUACAUUGUGUACUCAUUUCAAAGUGCAUUUGGCACGAUUAACAAUAAAAUAUGCAGCAGUCUUCAUGACACGGUGUGCUUUUCUUCUGUCCAGGGAGUUGGUAAAAAUAAGGGGACUCCUUCAUAUGACCCACCUUUCAAUAUCUUUGAAAAAUGUGACUUCGAAAAAAACAUACUUCUCAUUUUAGACGUUUUAAAUAAUAUAUAUGAUGUAUACCAUGGUGACAUAUUUGAAAAUCCCAAUUGGGCAGACUCCAUUGUAACACAAAUUGACACAAAGCUUAUUGGCUAUCUGAGCGAAAUAUACAAAAUUGCCUAUCUGUACAAACUGUAUCAUUGCUGCAUGUGGAUUUUGGUACUCUGCCUUAUGUUUACUUCCAGGUUUUGGCUAAUUUAUGUUUUUAAUGAGAAGUACGCAUGUGGGCAGCAGGGCGGUAAUUGUGAUGUCCUUAUUGGGCAUGACGAAUAUUGUCAACCUGGUACUAGAAGGAAACGAAACGUUGGGAGUAAGCCAAGCGAGUGGAGCGUAGACAAAGAGACACUGCUUCGAGGUGGUACAAGCCAUGGACGUGGUACGGGUAGGAGGGGAAAAUUUAAAGAGCAUGCUUAUGAAUCAAAUGAAGAAAUGGGAGGAAGCAUCAAACGAAGGAGAGAAUAUAUACUAACCGAAAUUUAUAACAAAAUAGUGUCUAAGAGCAAGGAAGAUAAUGUGAAAGAGACAUACAAUGAUUUGCACAACUAUAUGCAGAUGCUAAUCGUUUGUACUUCGAUAUUUUAUCUCUUAUUUUUAUGUAUAGAAAAGAUACAGGAAAAUUUGCACAAUAUUUAUUUUCUUAACUGCGCUAAUAGUAUGUAUAAUUGCUAUGUCCAUUUUUAUGAAUACGUUGAGAAAUUUUGCAAGGAGCACUGCGAGGAUAAGCUCUACGCGUCCUCCUUGUUCUUCGACACUUUUCACUUGGACCUGAUAAACUUGAAACUCCAGGCUCACGUAAAAGCGGGGAGGUACAAGGCCGAAAUGAGAAAAAGAAAGAAAGCAUUAGGCAAGUCCACAGAAAGGGUGGAAGUAGAGCCCCAAAGUUGGGUCACUACUAUGCCACGCAGAGAGCAUAGCGAUGAAAGUAGCAGAAGCACCUGGGAUAACGCGGAGGUAGAUCUGUUCUCCAAAUUUCCAUAUCUGCUUUACUAUAGCGAACGUGCGGCCACGGAAUGCAUAUCCGACUUAAGAAGGACGGAGAAAAAAUACCAAAGCGAUGCUAAAAACUUUUUCAAAAAUAACAUUUGCCUAUAUUUUAAUAUGAUAAGAUAUUUCUACAAAAAGAGGAGCAAGUACACUGGUUUGCUUCCAUUUGUCAAUUCGUACAUUAUCUCUAUAGUAACGCUCAUGAAAUUUACAAUGGCAAAGUAUUUUUCCAAUUUUAAUGUGUCCUCCGAUUUCUUUUCUCUAAAAUUUGAACAUCCAAUACACCAGUUUGACAUGGACAUGCUUACAAAAGUAAAAAAAACAGAUGACGAAAAGGAAAAUGUCAAAUUAACUAACAAGGCUAUUUUGAUGAACCUGGAAAAUCUCUAUUGUAAUAUGUUCCUGAAUAAGGAUGUGUGUUACCAAAUAAAAUUCGUUUAUACAUACUACAAAAAAAUUUCUAGCAUUAUGUUUAAAAUGAAUAAUUUUUUACUCAGUUAUUAUUAUUUGAAGAAAAACUUACUGUUCAUAUGUGAUUUGGUUUACUUCCCUGAAGUUGUGCACAACUAUUUGCUCCUGAUGAAUAUCAUUUUAAAAAGUGGAAGAGAGAGAAUUGAGUUACUAACCCAAGAGGAAAUCUUCUUCGAGAACUUAAACAACCAAUUGAGUAUUUAUUAUAAAAAAAAUUUGGACCUAGACACAGACACAAAUUAUGCAAAGGAUAAAAUAGUCAAAGAUAUAAACGAUUUUAAAAUUUAUGAAGACAGCGAUUUUUGCAAUAUCGAUUAUGUGAAAACACCCCUUAAUACUUACUUAACCAAGAGGCAUAUUUAUGAGUACAGAAAUAUGUUGACUCAGUUUUUGGCCUACUUAACCUUUUUGAUAAAAAAUCCUGACCAUUUUAGUAUAUUGUCAAUGAAGUGUAAAAGGCAGAUACUCCACAUGUUAAGUCUAAUCGUUUUUAUGAAGAAGAAAACGAGUUACUUUUGCUGCAGUAAGGCGCGUCCGAACAAAUCAAAGCAAGUGGCUACCCCUGCAGAGGGGGAUACUGACGGCAAAAGAAACUGCUGUGAUCAUGGCAAUGUACAACAAUCAGGUGAAAGUUCCACAAAUGAGAGGAACAAAGAAAGCAGCUAUCACGAAAUGGUGACACCCCACAAAGUUAAGAAAGAAAAUCAAGGCAGCCACAAAAUAACAAAUUUUGAAAAAAACUUUUUAACAUGUUUCAACAACUGUAAUGAAAAAAAAGAAGAAACGUUUUUUAACUUUUUCCUCGAAAAAUUAUUUAUUAUAAGUAACUUCGACACAGACCUAUUCGACGUUGAGCUGGACAAUGAAGAGCAAGUUGAGUCUCUCAUAAAAUCUCAAGUGUUAGGUGAUGUAAGAAGUCUAAAUUUUGUGCAACCAGCAGGUGCCCACUGGAAGGAUAGUUUCCUAAACCUGGGGAGUAAAAUUUCAAGUGAGCAAGAAAAGGCAGGCCAGAACACCAAUGUUGGGAUAAAUCGGGCCAACUGCAUAGAGGAAACAAUUCAUCAUGAGUGCCAUCGCAAUGCUGCUUCGGACCACUCGUUCAAGAUUAACGAUAUUGCAGUUUUGAAUUACCUUUAUUUAAAUUACAACUUUGAACAGAACUUAACCUACACGGAAAAUUACAUUACUAAUAGGCUUUUCACACUUAACUGCAAAAAAAUGAAUACCUAUUUUGUGAAAAUAUUGCUUUACUAUAUCAAUUUGAUAUUUUUAAAAAUAAAAAAUAUUUUCUGCGAUGAUUGCAUUUACACCAUCAAAAAGCAGCAGUCCCUUAACUCCUCAGCGAAUGAUUGUUCUAGGAACAUUUUUUUUUUCUUGUUCUUAAAACUUUUUCGUUUUUUCAAUUUUACCAAGAGAACUUUGAGUGACUUAUGCGUCAAUUAUUUCCCCGGAAAUAAAAAUUAUGCCUCAUACCUAGACAAACUGUCUCAGAAAAUGAGAAAUGGAGACCUUUCAGCGGCGCAGGUCUACGCGAAUGGUGGAAGGCACAUCACCGAAGACACACAUACACAUAAUGUGGACGACAAACAAAACAGCUGUGAUGAUAAUACAGCAAAUGGAUUAGACAAAAUGUUUCUGAUUAAUUUUUUGGAAAUUUUUUUAUACCCACAAAAAAAUUGCAGCUUUGUAGAGGUGCUAACUGUGUGCUAUGAAUUCUUGACAAAAAUAAAAGACGAUAAAUGGAAAAAACUGAGGAAGACAAAUAAACAAAAAAUGUACGCACUGUUAAAAACGGCUGUUACCGAAAGGGGGGAUCGAAAAAGUCCAUCUCUUUUUCAUUUCCAAACCGUCUUGGUUCUCCUAUCCUUGCUCCUGUACUACACGUGCAAAAGAUCUCUCGUGCAUGAAAUGAGGAAAGUCAGCCAGUUUUUCCUAGACUUUGUGUUUUUUUUUAUAGAGAACAUAAAGAACAAUUUGAUCAUACUGCAGAUAAUUGAGGCCUACGGGGGGGUGAACACAGAUGGAGACACGGAUGGACAUUUAUCUGAGAGGCGCACCCAAGUCAACCUGCUAAAAUUCUACUUCCGAAAACUGCUGUCCCUGCUAUACCUCUACACAGACGAGCUGAUAUUGUAUACCAUCAAAAAUAAUAUAGAUCAGGAAAUAAGCCAAAAAAAUUAUUACAGGAAGCAUGCCCACGAAAAUUUAAAUAUAGAAACGAUUAGUAAUUAUGAAUACAUAGGUCAACCUAACUUGAGCGAAUUUUGCUUCUACUGGGAUUACGCAAUAGUGUCAAUGAGCCACGACAAGAGUGACUUGUACAUUGCUCGCUGCUUUAAAAACUUCCUCUUUGUUCUAAUUCGAAUCAUUAAAGAGGGCGCAAUAUGCGAGGAGGCACAUAAUGAGGGGCAAUUCAGUGGAGAGAAUAAGGCUUUCACCAACGAGAGGACCAAUGCUCGAGACAAUAGUAAGAAAAGGAGAGAUUCCCAUAUUGAGGGUGAUAAGGAAUGUUUCAAUUUUUACAGAAGAAUAAAUAACCUUUUUAGUGUUCUAAAUGAUGAAGAUUUAUGUGAGCGGUUACUCAUUCAGGGGGGGAAUCUGCCCCCAAGUGAUGACACAAUAAUGAGACACCUAAAUGAAAAUGUAAACCAGGGCACAUAUGAUGCACAGCAAGUGUACGGCGUGAAGAAGGGCAAUUUUGAGCACAAUGUGGAUGAAUACAAUGGAGCACCACCUAAUACUCCCAUCCUAUGUAGUACCAGCGAAUGUGGAAGUAAACAAUUCGGGGGUGACGCGAUUAUCCGUGAAAGUGAAACACGUGGGAAACAUUUUGAAAAUGAUAAAAUGGGACCCGAGCAGUUACACAACCAGCACACUGUAAGUAUUUUUUUCACAUCCAUGGGAAAAGGGGGAAUGGAUAUAACUAACGAGUUUGGCGAAUCGAAUAAGACGACCAGAGAUCUGAGUAACGAUUCCUCUGUAUCACACUUGCUGAAAGAGAAAGACCAGCUGGCAAAGGACAUUGAACUUGUGCGAUUCUUUUCGCGCUUGUACAAAAAUGCCGAUAGCUGCAUUGAGAGUAGAAGCGGUGAAUAUUUCCACGUAGAAAAAAUACAUCUAAAUAUUGAAAGGUUCCCAGUUAGGGAGAAAUGGAAUUACAUAAAGAAAUUAGAAAAAAUACUAAAGCAAUAUCAACAUAUGAUAAAAAUAAUGUGCGAAAUUUUACACGAAUCAAAGAACGUGGAUCGGAGUAAAAGCAAUUUAAAAAUGUUCAUAGAUCUGUGGUGGAAUAACAGAUACACUUUAGAGCAGCAUUUAAGGAUACUCAAUUUAGACAUCUCCAACACUCUCGGGUUUUCCAUCCACAAAUUGAUGUCCAUUCCGUUGAUUUCUUUAAAUGUAAGAACCAAAAUAAUGCUGAACAGAUGUUCCAACUGGAAGGAUAAUGAUCAAAAGGAGGUUUCCAUCCACAGUGAAAAAGACAAUACACAGGUGAACAGCGCAUAUAAUACCCUAUCAAUUGUUAAUAACCAGAAAUAUUAUUUGAGUACCAAUUUUGACCUGUUCGUGGUUCUAUACUACUAUUCGAACAUGCUCAACAUCAUAGCAUGGAUUAAUAAGUGGGGGAGGUACUUUGUUCCUCCAAAAUAUUGGGACCAUGCACAUUUUGUUAACGUCCUCCUAAAUUUGACUGUUUUUUCCAUCGUAAUGAAGAACUGCAAUGUACAAAUUACGCAGGCGAAGAGAAAAUACUUAAGGUGUGGAGACAUUUUGGGUAACCACUCGAGCAGAGAUGAGAGCACCUUUAUCGGUAACGUAAUCCGUGGAGACACUACGGAUGGGGUGGACUCCUUCUCAUCUUGUAACAUGACCAAGGAGAGUUAUAUGAAUAAGGUAGCUCCCAAAAGUUUGAUCCCCAUUGACAAAAAAGUCGUGACAUCCUAUUUGCCCUUCAUUAAUAAGGGCAUUGAAACGAUUCUACUUUUGGAGGAAAGGAAGAAAAAAAACAAAAGGAGAAGCACCACAGUAGAUCAAUCAUAUAUACUUGGUAUAAACCCCACAAAUGAAGGAAAAAAACGGACGAUCGUUUCCAGUAUGCAUGGCUGGAGUGUAAACAUUGAAGGGAGCAAUAAUCAUAAUGACCGUUGCCGUUCUACAUAUAGGAGCAUGCAGAGGGAGGAACUAGAACAUGUGGAGACCAUAGCAACUAUGGACAAUAAGUACAGAAUUGUUAUACCCAAAGGGGAGAGUGAAUUUGCCUACCCACAGAACCCUAACAAUAAGGACAGUGCCAGUAGGAGCAACACACACACUGAUGAGAAAAGAGGCAGGAGAAGAACUAUCAAUGUAAUCAGUGAACAAACGGAAAAUAGUGUAGACAGCUAUUGUGUGGAUAGCCGUUUGCCUUAUAAAAACGAAAAAAAAGGUAGAGAUCAAGUAAAGGUAAACUCAACAAUAUAUAGAUAUGUGAGCCCCCUGAAAGCAAACAAUUUUGAGUAUACGAAGAAUCAAGAUCAAUGUGACAUGCUGAAUAUAAGGGGGAAAAAAAAAAGAACUACAGUGGCAGGGACGUUAAAUUUGGAUCAUCUGAGAAAACAAGAUGAUAAAGAAGAAAAAUAUAAGGAACAUAUUUAUUUAAAAUAUUUGGAUUUAAAAAAAAAAUGUGAUAGGGGGGUACUGAAAUGCUCUUUCCUAAAAUUAAGGAUGUACUUGUAUAAUAUACUGAUAGAUAUUUUCGAAAAUAAUAAUAUUCAUCCCAAGAACAUUUUUAACCUUUUUAACAUCAUCACGCAUUCGUUCCUUACGGAUGUGAUCAAAUGCACCAUGGUGGAUGAUGAACUCGAUUGUGAACGAUUAACAUAUGUGAAAAACGUAGAACAUAGAAGAAUCAGGAAAAACCCCGUCGUUGUAUAUAUACAUAAUAACUUAAAUAGAUUACCCUUUGAAAAUUUGGAGCCCCUAAAAGAUUCCUACAUCGUGCGAGGGGUGCACAAAUCGGUCACUGCCUAUUUGUACGACAGGGUGUUGGCGAAGAUUAAAGUGGACGAAGCUAAGCGAAAGCGGCUGUCCGUUUCGAGUACACUUCGGGGGGAGAUGGACGCAGGGGAUGAAGAAGAUGAAGAAGAAGAAAUGGAAGUAGAGCUACGAGCGCAUCAAAACCGUGGAAACCUCCGAAACGAUGAAGAAUCGGACAAUUAUGACGAUCAAAGUGACGACUUUGGUGUGGAUGAGUACAUAAAGCAGGAAUACUCAAAAAAGUGGAAACUUGAUCAUGUAAAAAAUGUGUACCAAAGGAAUAGUACACAUCGUGCGAGUAUCGAUUUGCAAUGUUCUCAUCCUUUCGAAUGGAAAAGUAAAAACGCUGAUGUGCCACAAAACAUCAUAGAUCCUUGUACCACCUCCCAAUUGUGUAAUACAAAAGGGGAAAAUAAAAACGUAUCUAAAAAGAAAGGCAGAAGCUCCAUUUCGUAUAUAUUAACGCACCACGUGGGGGUCUCCAAAGAUUCUGAAAAUAAUAACGAUAAUUACCACCAUGAGCUUAACACAUGUAAGGUGAAAGCGUUCAAUCGUUAUGAUGACCAGGGCAAGACCACAUCCCAAGUAGAUCGCCAAAACGCUUUGAGAGCACAACAGAGACAUACGCUAACUCCAUAUGGGAAUGAAACUAUCAACAACACAGGGAACUUCGACGCUUCUUAUAGCGCAAGGAUAGUGCAGGCAAGAGGAAAGGGCAGAUACAGCUUGGUCGUUUCGAAUGAAGAGACAAAAGGCCAUCUCGAAAAGGGAGACAUUGCCGGUAAAGACAAUCCCAGUGAAAGCGCUCCGGAUAAAAGGACAAAGCAGGUGCGUGGGAAGGGGCGAGGUAAAAAAAACUCACGCAAGAGUAUCUGCAUUGAGCAUUCCUUCCUAAAUCCCUUCAAUAAUAAUAGUAAAAAGGACCAAAUUGGCAAGCCAUUUAGCGAGAGCCAGUUUACUGGUAGAGAUAGCUGCACCCAAAAAAGGGAGAGAAAAACUCUGUGCAUUAGAGCAACAGAGGAGAAACACAAAUUGGGAUUAUCACAUGCUGCUAAAAGGAGGUGUAGCGUUGAAAAGAUGAAUCCGCGUUCGUCAUGCCCGUCCCACAAUUCCCGCUCAUCCUGCGCGUCUUCUUCUCCUCCAUGCUCCGAAUCGGAAUCGGAAUCCGUGUCGUCAGUGGAACUAAUUCAAAAUGAAGACGAACUGAGAAAAAUAUUUAUGAGUGCUAGAAAAUCGAUGAAUAUCCACAACAUGAUGGGUUCUUACAAAAACGAAGAAUACAGCUUUUUCCUUUUAAAAAAAAAAAGAAAAAAAAGUGUAAGUGAAUCAGAAGCCUACUUUGAUGACGAAAACAAAUUUUCAAGUUCGUACGUAAAACAUGUUAAAAAGGAUAAUAAAAGGAGGAGCUACUCGGCCGACCCGGAGCAUCAUUCCAAGGCGUCCAAAAUGAAAUACGUAAAGUACGUUCCUUAUUACAUUAAAAGUUCCAGGUUAGUAGAUCCUAAAAAGAGUAACAUUUUUUUUGUGAUUAACCCUAAUGGGGAUUUAAAAAGAACGGAAGAUGCUACAUACCCUUUCAUUUAUUUUAAAAAUAAAGAAAAAUACAAGUAUAAAAAUUGGAAUGGAUACUUUGGAAAAGUGCCAUGUGAAAAAACUCUGCUCAAACAUUUGUGCCGUGAUGACUUGUAUCUUUAUUGCGGCCACCAGGGGGGGGAACAGUACAUCAAAAAGGACAUAAUUCAAAAUGCCAUUCUGCAUUAUAACGAGGGUUUGGGGGAAGAGGCCAAAGAAGGGAACCCCAAAAAAGUGCAAAAUGGAGAUAGCGGAAUCGCAAAACGUAGUAAAAGCAAGGCACAAAAUAAAGAAAAUCCCCUUUUUACUCAAAAUAAGAACAAAAAGAGAAGAAAUUCGUGCAAUUUUGAAGCAAAAAAACGCAUUGUGGACAAGCGGAUGAAGAGAAAAUCUGUUGGGGAUAUCAUCCACAUCCAUAGCACCAGUGAAAGCAGCGAUGCUUUAUGCACACAGACAGAAAUGGAAGAUGAUGAAAGUGACCAUGUUGGUGAUCCCCAUUUGUCGUCUAACCAAAAUGAUGGCAUAAAUUCGUGUGUUUUUUUAAUUGGGUGCAGUUCAGGGUUACUGUCAUCACAUGGAUUUGACUUAGACGUAUGGGGCACUCCCUACGACUACAUAGUAGGUGGGUGUGUUUUCGUUUUUGGGAAUUUAUGGAAUGUGACAGAUGGAGAAGUUGAUGGAUUUACACAAAACUUUUUCUGGAAAUGGACACAGCCAAAUUCUUCAUCUCUAUUUUGCUCCAACUAUAAUUAUAAUGGUGUCCAGAUGGCAAACGUUUCCACAUUUUCCUUUCGCUUCUUUGCAAAAAUGUUAAGGGGUUGUUCACAAAUGGAUGUGCGUGAAGAAGGCACAGAAUGGGCAAGCAAUUGUUGGAGGGAUGAUGAUAGUGACCAUAAUGGCGGAAGUGACGACCGUCUAAUCGAAGUGGGGGACAAUUUCGUCACGAUUGAUUUGGACACGUACACAUACUUAAAAAAGAAUUCUUUUUUUUGUAAAUAUUUCCAAAAAUGCUAUAAUUGCAACAUCGUUUUAAACCAAAACCUUUUUAGUAUAAAUCAGAACCGGAAGUACUCUUGGCUUAGCAUGACAGAGGCUUUAGCGGAGGCCAAACAAUUUUGUCGCUUACCAAACACGACGGGUUCGGCUGUUGUUAUUUAUGGCCUACCCUUGUAG